AUGUCGGCCAGGGUGGAUCAGAAACCUCUGGGGCCUUCUGAACUGUCGGACAGUGAAGCUUUUCAAACUUGUUUAUACACACCAAAACAUGCCACUACAUUAAAAAAAACAUCCUGUCUCUGCCUGCAGGGAGUACAUUGCUGGCAUGAUCUGGACAACACUGAGUACGACUGUUGGCCGAUCAACAGUCCAAAUGAUUUCAACAUGAUAAGCUGUGGCGGUCUGGAAAUGGCCUGGGUGCAGCGACCUCCAGAGAAAGUAACCAACGGGGAAGAGUUCAACGUCUCGUACACGGUGACGGCCUCAGAUUCAUUCUACGAGUACGCAGUCAAGAACCAGAUUUUCCAGUUCGGGUGAGUUAAUGCGUCAGAGGCAAAGAGGUUCUGUCAUGAACACGAGUGCCCGACAAACUGGAACAACGCCAAUGAAAUAAACUGCUGCGUGUACCACGCCAACGUCCACUCCUGUCCUCUCGGGCUCAUGAAACAAGGGGGAAUCUGUGGCCCGUGGAUUCCUGACGACGGUAAAAUUGUGACUCACACUGUCUCCAAGGCAGGAAAGAUGUCCCAGAAAUACUGGACUUCAAAGGUGGUGCUGGUACAUUUGGGAGUCACCUCCAUCAUUGCUCAUAUCAAAAUGGGAAAAAUGCAUGCAGCACUGGAGUCCAAGGUGCUUGUUGUCAGUGCUCAAGUGUGCGGGGACGACGUCUGCGAGCUGGAGGAGAACUGCCUGAACUGUCCUGCAGACUGCGGCAUCUGCCCGAUGUCCAUCACCAUCAAAGUGGCCAUCGGGCUUCCAGUUGCUCUUUUCAGCAGCGGCUUCAUCCUAACCAUAGUGUGGCUCCAGUACCAGAAACAGAGGAUGCUUUGGGAUGAAAGCUGGAUAAUCACCUAUAAGAGCAUAAUAUUUGGUAAAGUGUGCUGCACGGGCCUCUGCAGCACCAUCAGUAUGGAGCGCGUCAAAAGUAUGUCGACCAUCAGUCAAACAACUGAUAUGAGCGUGUUCACCAGAAUCAACACUUCCUUCAUCCAACCAGGCAUCUAUGACGGGAGGACGGUGGCAGUGAAACACAUCCAGAAUAAACAUUUUGCCCUCUCUAAAACCAUAAGGAAGGAGGUGAAAGAAGUUAGGCAACUGGAUCACCCCAAUCUAUGCAAGUUCAUUGGUGGUUCCAUCGAGGUCCCCUACAUCUGCAUCAUCACAGAGCACUGCCCAAAGGGAAGCCUGUCAGAUGUCCUGCUGAAUGAGGAAGUCCCCAUCAACUGGGGCUUCAGACUUUCCUUUGCCACGGACAUCACUCGCGGAAUGUCGUACCUCCACCAGCACAGGAUGUUUCAUGGGAGACUUCACUCCAGAAACUGUGUUAUUGAUGACCGCUGGGUGUGCAAAAUCUCAGAUUAUGGGCUCACAGCCUACAGAAGAGAGGACUUUGAGGCCGUCAGUAAUGGCUUCAAUUGUGGGGAUGUAAAUCGUAUAUACUGUGCACCAGAGGUCCUGCUGGGAAACAGCUCCAAUAUGACGCCGGCAGCAGAUGUCUACAGCUACUCCAUGAUCAUGGUUGAGAUUGCAACUCGCACCAACCUCAUUUUAGACCAGGCUGAGGGAGUCAGGAUGGAUAUUAUGUGGCGCCCCCCUCUACCUGAAGUCAAAGCAGGGAAGGCAGACACUGACUGUCCCAUUCAAGGAGAUUACUGUGAGCUUAUUAAGAAGUGCUGGACUCAUAACGCCACAAUGAGGCCCACGUUUGAGCAGGUGAAGAAGAUGCUCGAUAAAAUGAACCCACACAAAGUCAGCCCUGUUGACAUGAUGAUGAACCUGAUGGAGAAUUACAGCAAACAUCUGGAGGCCAUAGUUGCCGAGAGAACACAGGACCUUCUUCAAGAGAAACAGAAGACGGAUCAGCUGUUGUACAGUAUGUUACCAAAACCGGUGGCUGAUGACCUUCGCCAGGGUCGAACAACAGAGGCUCAGAGCUUCGCCAACGCCACCGUCUACUUCAGCGAUAUUGUGGGCUUUACUCAGCUGUCUGGUGCCAGCACUCCCUACCAGGUGGUUGACUUCCUCAACAAGCUCUACACCACCUUUGAUGACAUCAUUGACAUUUACGACGUCUACAAAGUCGAAACAAUUGGUGAUGCUUACAUGGUGGUGUCGGGGGUCCCUGAAGAAAAUGGCAUCAAUCAUGCCGGUGAGAUAGCCAGCAUGGCUCUUGAUCUGGUCACUGUCUGCCACUCUUUCAAGAUCCCUCAUAAACCCAACACACAGCUGAAGAUCCGUGCUGGCAUCCACUCAGGACCUGUUGUGGCCGGUGUGGUUGGCACCAAAAUGCCGCGCUACUGCCUGUUUGGGGACACUGUCAACACAGCAUCACGCAUGGAAUCAACAAGUGAAGCUCUGAAGAUCCAGGUGAGUGGUGCCACAGCUGACCUGCUUCACAUGCUAAGAGGUUACAUUCUGACAUGCAGAGGAGCACUUGAUGUGAAGGGAAAGGGAGAGAUGACAACAUGGUGGCUUGAAGCAAAGAGAGACGAUUACACAGACCCACUGCUCAGAACUUCUGAAUCCAUAGGAGUCCUAGUGCCAGUUAGUGACUAGUUCAGAGCCUAAACCUUCCGUGUAUGGAAACUAGUCAGGCUUUGUGUUGUGCAAUUUAAUUGUAUCCAGUGAAGUAUGUUUUGGUUAAAUGUGCAUAUACAAUUAUAGGAUGAACUAAUAGUUUAUCAUUAAUUUUAAAUACCAUAGUGCACUGUAAAUCCAAAACAAUAUGCAGAUAAACAUGCCAGAGUUAUGGAAAUGCUAUUUUUUAUCACAUAAGUUUUCUCUCAAAUAUAGCUUUCUUUUGAUUAAUUUAAAGUUAAGGAGAUAUUCACUGCCUGAAAAUUAAGAAAAACCUUUCUUGCAAUAGAUAAAUAAAAAUAUUUUUAGAUAAAGAUCUUAGAUAAAGUAAAUUUUAACAUUUAAAACAUUCUGACUAAGAACUGACAUCUGAACAGUCCUUUUUCACAGGGAAAUCAGAGGUGUAAUUGAUGCUAUUUUUGUUUUGUUUUUGACAAUUAGGGCCCCAGUAUUGCACAUGAUUGCUCACUCACUUCUAAAUUAAAAUACUGAGCCAUUGUUAAUUGUAUUAGUUUACAUGUGCUGCAAUUAAAUAUAUAAAUGUCUGUUGAGAGAAAAGGUCAAUUGUCCCCAUAAUGGGUGUACCAGCACUUUGGAAUCAAAUCACAAGUGCAUUCAAGCUACUUGUGAUUUCCAAAUAAUGUUGUUUGCCUUGUUGAUGCAGAAUAGAUUUGAUACUAUUAUCUAAAUAACAACCCUUUUACUUUUGUAAAAUAAGAAUGUGCAGUUGUCUGUACUAGUUUUUGUAAGGGGGUUGCUUACUGUGCCUGGCAAUGAGUUAUUUUACUGUGUUGUUCUUAAAUUCAGUGAUGUAUAACUUUCACCGCUUAAUGUGAGUUAAUUAAUUGAAACAAUUAACAUUUUUGAAGUCUUGCUCCGUACACAUUCAAGUGACUGGUGUUUAUUUUUACAGCAUGAUACAUAGAUCCUCUGCUUA